UGAAAGGGAAUCUAUCAUCUAAAGAACGGUUCAUAUCAGAGCUCUUUUUUCAUCAAAACCCCAAAAUCCAAAAUCUUCCCAGCCACGCCAGUGCCAAUCCCAUUUUGCCUAAGAUACUCAAAAUCGGAAGCGAAACGAAGCAAAGCAUUCAACACAAUGGCUCAAGCAGCGAGAUUAAGCAUGAGGAUGCAGAGAGAGCUGAAGCUCCUCCUCUCCGAUCCACCUCACGGCGCUUCGUUUCCACACCUCUCCUCCGCCGCUUCUGGCUCCGGCGAUCUCUCAUCUUUCUCCUCAAUCGAUGCUCGUUUGCUUCUUCUCAAUAUCCUUUUGUCUCUCUCUAUUUCAAAUAUCGAUUUAACCCUUGUCUCUUUUUGUUUUCUUUCCACAGAGAUGGAAGGACCUGAAGAUACUGUUUACGCUAAUGGAAUCUUCGACGUGACGAUUCAGAUUCCAGAGAGAUAUCCGUUUCAGCCUCCGAUUGUGUCUUUUGCUACACAGAUCUACCAUCCAAACAUCGAUAACAGUGGCCGAAUUUGCCUCGACAUCUUGAAUCUCCCUCCCAAGGGUGCUUGGCAACCAUCAUUGAACAUCUCUACAGUGCUGACUAGCAUUCGAUUGUUGCUUACUGAACCCAAUCCUGAUGAUGGCUUGAUGUGUGAAGUUAGCAGGGAGUACAAAUACAAUAGACAAGCUUUCGAUUAUAAGGCCCGGGAGAUGACAGAGAAGUAUGCUGUCAAGGUUUACAAGUCUGGUGUUGAUGGAAGCAGCACCAGCCUCCAAAUUCAGGAAACACCUAUCGCAGCCGAGAGUCAUGGAAAUGACAAGGUUUCUGAAAGUGGAAUUAGUGUUUUAGCUCGAAAUCACGAAAAGCCUGAUGGGAUUAAGCCGAACUUAGCAGUGGAAUCUUCGUUGAGCAUGACAUAUAAAGAGAGUCGUAGCACUGAUCAACAAAUGGAUGGUAAUGGGAAAAGAAAAGCAGCUAUUGGUUUCUGCGAGGCAAACACAUCCGGUAACAACGGAGGGAGCAGGAAGAAACUAUCUCUUGCCUUGCCUCCUCGAUCUCAAAAGAAAGACUUGUCUGGUGAAGAACUCACACAUGAAGUCUCAGCUGCCUGUAAAGAAAACAAGAAACCACGCUCUAUUGGAAAAAAGCUUUCUCUGGGGCUAAAGAAGCCAUUGGUUAAUGCAGCAUCACUUAAUAAUAACUUGGCCUCUUCAGGUGUUCGAUCUUCUGCUGCAAAGAGUGACAACAAUAGACUAAGCAGAAAACUGUCCUUGAGACCUCUUGGAGAGUCACAGUUGAAUGAAGUUAGCAAAGCAGAGGUACUUGCGCAAACUGAAAUGAAUCAGAAUCAAGAUGUGACAAGUUGGGGAGGAGAGUUUGAGAAUUCGGCCUUGGAAGAAGCAUCAAUGCCUGAAUCCAUUGUUGUUCUAGACAGCGAAGAAAGUGGAGGAGAAGAGGAAGAAGCAACAGUCGCUUCGAGGUCAAGAUUAUUACUGGCAAGGAGAGGAAGUCUCAAGUGUGGUAAACCUUGAAAAAAACUGUUUUGUUUUAUUUGGAUCGAAUCAAGAUUGCAUAUUGAAUAUCAAGCAUAGGAUUUAUUAUAUUUAUCCUUGAAAUACAAAAUGAGUGUAGUCUAAAGAAUUGAUGACGAUACAUUUUUUUUAUAUGGAAAUUAGAUUAGAAUA